AUGGAUGACGACCGGAGACCACCCUCCCCGGAGCCCAGCGAGCGGUCAGUUUCCCCGGAUACUCCACGGUCUGCAGCAGGUCAGGCAGGCCUAGCCGGAGUGUAUCAGCUUAUGGCGCAAGUGCUGCAACAGCAGCAGAUGAUGCAGUUGGCCGCUAUGCCAUCAGCAGACUCCUGCUAUGAGAGGUUCCGCCGACUGAACCCCCCGACCUUUGAGGGUGGGUCUGACCCUAUGGCGGCUGAAACAUGGAUCCGGGAGAUAGAAAAGAUGUUCCGAGCCCUCCACUUUCCUGAUGAGGUGACAGUCCGGCUGGCGACCUCUAUGCUGACAGGAAACGCCGAAUACUGGUGGACGGCCAUGGAGACGGCUUAUGCCGUUGACAGACUCACCUGGAGGGACUUUAAGAGGAUGUUUUACAAUCAAUACUUUCCGGACUCAGUGCACCUGGCGAAGCAGAAUGAGUUUUUGACACUAACCCAGACUGACCAGAUGUCCGUUCUGGAGUACGCCAAUAAAUUUAACGAACUGGGACGAUUUUGCCCCCAGUUCAUGGAGGAUGAGAGAAGUAAGGUGAACCGGUUUGAGCAGGGAUUGAGGUACGGGAUUCGGUCCGAAUAUCCUCCCAUUUAUUCUCAAGCUACAAAGAUGUACUGGACCGAGCCUUGA